ACCAAAGAAUUUCAAGAAAUUUCAAUAGAGUAAAAUCAAAGAAAACAUUGCCUAAAUUUAAUUCAAUUGUUUGUUAGAAAUUAAAUUACAAACUCAGCAAGCACCACCACCCACCACCAACAACCUUCCCUUCCUUCCCAUUCCCCCAAACGCCGUCGUUUUGAUACCGCCGGCGAAAUGGCCGAGAAAGCGAAGCAGCAACAACAGCGCUUCGCGUUCUCGUUUCCCGUAACCGUCGUCGUUUCCGCAAUCGCUUACAUUUACUUCUCCACCGUUUUUGUCUUCAUUGAUCGAUGGCUUGGCCUUUUCUCUUCCCCUGGAAUCGCUAACGCCUCCGUUUUCACCGCCAUCGCUAUCAUGUCUCUCUUUUCUUACCGGGCAGCUAUUUCCACGGAUCCGGGUCGGGUUCCGGCUACGUACACGCCUGAUAUCGAAGAUAACACAACCCCUCUCCAUGAGAUCAAACGCAAGGGUGGAGAUUUGCGAUUUUGUCAAAAGUGUUCUCACUAUAAGCCUCCCCGUGCACAUCAUUGCCGGGUUUGUAAAAGAUGUGUUCUACGAAUGGAUCACCAUUGCAUCUGGAUAAAUAACUGCGUCGGUCAUGCAAACUACAAGAUCUUCUUCAUUUUUGUCACAUAUGCUGCAAUUGCCUGCAUUUACUCCAUGGUCUUACUUGUUGGUAGUCUAGCUUAUGAUGGUUUACCGGAUGACGAGAACAAUGGCGGCUCUUAUAGAACUGUAUAUGUUGUUUCUGUGAUCUUACUGGCCCCCUUAUCUAUAUCAUUAUGUGUUCUUUUAGGAUGGCAUAUCUAUCUCAUCCUACAUAACAAAACCACCAUAGAGUAUUAUGAAGGAGUGAGAGCUUUGUGGCUUCAAGAGAAGGGUGGGAGUAUCUAUAAACAUCCAUAUGACCUUGGCCCGUAUGAGAAUUUGACAUCUGUUUUGGGACCAAAUAUCCUAAGCUGGCUGUGGCCAACGGCGAACCAUAUAGGUUCUGGACUUAGGUUCCGCACAGUCUAUGAUCUCACAAAAGGCGCAUCAACAUCCAAAUGAUGUUUUCACACUGCUUUGUAGUGGUUCUUGGUAAUAUAUCCAUAUUAACAUAUCUUGAGAAGAAUGAUUGAGUAACGACAAUGCUAAAUGAAUGGUGAAGUGCCAUCACAAAUUCAAUAGCUGAAGUUUAGGUAUUGAAGAGAUGUUUGCUGCAUAUACCUGAGGCAAUUGUGUAAUGUAUAUGCUCAUAUGGAUAUUGAUAACAUACACAUUUUUUCUUUCUUGUUUGCUUAACCAUUUGUUAGACAUAGAUUAAGUUUCUUCUCCCCCGUCUUCCGGUCUUGUUAGGUUUUGGAUGAUGUGGGGUUACAGCUGUAGAGUCUUGUUGAUAAACCUAAUGUACAAAGAAACCAGCUCAUCAAGGAGUUGUCAAGGGAUUGCUUAACCAUUGUGAAAAGUUGUAUUUUAGAAUUGUAUUUUGUGUAUCUUGAAAUUGAAUGAAAUAAUAACAGUUGAAUUGCAGUUUUGUUGCCA